AUGCAGCACGGCCGGAGGAAGAAGGCGGGGGAGCAGGUGUUCCUCAGGUAUGGGGCGCCGGCACUGGCGUUCAUGGUGGUGGGCUCGGUGGGCCUGGCGCGGUUCGUGAAGGGCCGCAACGAGGUGGCCGACAAGCGCAGCAGCAGCUGCUCCGAGCAGGAGUACGAGGAGCUCCGGCGGCAGCAGCAGGACCAGUGGCGCAAACAGCAGGAAGAGCCCUUCGACCUCGAGGCCGCCUACGAGAGCAUGAAGAACAAGAUCGAUUUGGAGACCUGGAAGACGGUGCCGGUCCCGCGCUCAGAAGAGGAGGAGGCGCUGGACAGGGCCAUGCGAGAGAAACUGGAGGCGGCCACCAAUAGCGCUCAGCCCGAUGUCAACAAGCGACCCACCGACAACUCCUAA